GUCAACUUGCUGCCACUGGGAGUGGGUCAAGUCAUGGGUUCGGACAUGCCGUGCGUUGUCUGACGGCGAGAUACACCUUUUUAAUGGCAUGUGAAAAACUUUCAGACAGUGUAACGGUGCAAGAAUGGUAAGAAGAUGUCCUCUCCUAAAGAAGUUGAAAAAUAAGUGCCUGUUUUUAUGCUUCACCAUACUGAUUGUGUGCGUGCUGAAGCUCGUCCACAUCAAGGUGGUGGAGAAAAACACCUUUUACGUGGAGCCCUAUGGAAUUACCUCCGUCCCCUUCAAUGCCCACGCAGACAAGCCGGACAUCGACUGCACGGCCAUCUACAACCUCGACCCGGUUGAAAUCGGCAAGUCUUUGGAAAUCAGGCGGAAAGCCAUAGUGGACUUGGAAGAUGACAGCAUUGCCAAGUUGACGGCCGACUGCCAGAGGUACCUUGAGGUCAGGGGGUACAAUGAAGUCAUCCCCACCCAGGAGGAGAGGGACUUCCCUCUGGCCUACUCCCUGGUGGUGCACAAGAACAUACCUAUGGUGGAGAGAAUCCUGCGGGCCAUCUACGCUCCCCACAACGUCUACUGCAUCCACUAUGACCAGAAGGCCUCCAAGUCCUUCAUUGCUGCUGUGAACGGCCUGGUGAAGUGCUUUCCCAACGUCUUCGUGGCCAGCAAAUUGGAGUCGGUGCAGUACGCCCAUGUGACCCGCUUAAAGGCCGACCUGAACUGCCUGUCGGACCUGUUGAGAUCUGACGUGCGGUGGAGGUAUGCCAUCAAUCUGUGCGGACAAGACUUCCCAUUGAAGUCUAAUUACGAGCUCGUGGCGGAGCUGAAGAAGCUGGACGGGGCGCAUAUGCUGGAGACCAGCCGGCCCAGCGAGCUGAAAAAGAAGCGCUUUCAGUUCCAGCACGAGCUCAAGGACAUGCCUUACGAGUACCAGAAGAUCCCCGUCAAGACGUCGCGGCCCAAAGAGCCUCCUCCCCACGGCAUCGAGAUGUUCAUCGGCAGCGCCUACUUUGUGCUGUCCCGGGAGUUCGUCAGCUACGCCAUGAGCAGCCAGCUGGCCCUGGACUUCCUGGCCUGGUCAGCUGACACCUACUCCCCAGACGAGCACUUCUGGGCCUCACUGGUGCGCGUGCCCGGAGCGCCCGGGGCCAUCCUCCGGUCGCAGCCCGAUGUGACAGACCUGAUGAGCAAGACACGCCUGGUCAAGUGGAGCUACCUGGAGGGCAACCUCUACCCCUCCUGCAGCGGCACUCACAUGCGCAGUGUGUGCAUCUACGGCGCCGCUGAGCUGCGCUGGCUCCUCAACUAUGGACACUGGUUCGCCAAUAAGUUCGACCCCAAGGUGGAUCCUAUCCUCAUCAAGUGUCUGGAAGAGAAGCUCGAGGAGAAGAGAAAGCAACUUACAAAAAGUGCUGUCUUAAAACAAGACUGAAAUGAGAACAUGUUCUUGUUGGGGGUAUGUGCUUUUUUAUAUAUAUCCAAGUUUUCUUUUUGGAGAAUUUGAGACUGAUGUACUGUUAAUAGUGACACCACUUAACUGCAAUAUUAUUCACUAGCCAUAUCUAAUACUGGAAGUGUCAUUCUGCUGUUACCGUCUGAAAUGGCUGCUUGAUCCUGUUUUGACAGCUAACACAACAUUGUCAGCAGUUACUGAGAGGAAACGCACCAUGUGCCUUGUAAGUUAGAUACAAAUUUUAAAUACGCUAAAACAGCUAACAACACGUGGCAAUAACACACCGACAAUAGACAAUUCUUCUACCUCUUUUUUUUCUUCAAAGUGAGGAAGCUUGGCUUGGUGAAUAUACUGUGCCUUUAUGCAGGAAGUGAAAGACACAUGCUAUGAACAGCAGAUGCAGAUAGUUACAAUAUGAUUGUAUUGCGGUCUCUCUGAAAGUGAUGAUUAACUGGAGAGCCUAGAUUUUGGUACACUUGAACAUUCUUGAGACAAUCAGUCUUCUGUAAUACUCUCUGCAGCAGCUGAAUUUUGCUGUUGUGAAAGUGUGCUAUAUUUAUUUUGGUAUUUAUGUAUGUCUUAAUAAAGCAUUUCGACAUUGUGACCAAGUGAAAUGUAUGAUUAUGUCAUUGCUGCUCUCAGUGACUAAGUGGGAAAAGAGGCACUGCCCACAUGCCUGUUGUGUACAUUCUUAUAAAAAUGGGACACACACUCUCUCCAGUGGUGAUUGACAGUUGAGUGCAAAUCCCAGUGACCUUGUUGCAUAUACAGUAGUGAUAGUCUUUCUCAUUGAAAGCUUUCUAGUGAUUUUAAACCAUCUGUGGUACAAAAAUGCUUUAAAAUGUCAAACAACAUGAAAAGUAAUCAUAAGUACAUUAAGAUUUAUAACAAGUAGUCAUAAACAGAAGUGUGGAUAAACAGACAUGUACUGCACAUAUAAUGUGCUCACUUUUGCUUUGCUUUAAGCAAAUUAAAGUUAGCUGCCGAGGAUCUAGAUCAGUAUGUCAGCAAGAGUGGAGUUA